UUAUUGUACUGAUGUGGUAGUUUGAUGGAAAUAUUGGGUACUAUCUGUCUAGUGUCACGUAAAGUAGAAUAAUAAACACAUUCUAGGGAGAAACAUUUGGUUUAUUUCGUCGAUAACCAACAUGUAAAGGAAACUUUUAUGAGGCUUCAAAAUUAAAAGAUAGCACAGAUCACAGUAGAGCAACAUACCCAUCCAUCAUGACUCGACUACUGGUGUGGUUGCUACUGAUGUACACAGCGUUGGUAGAAUGCCAACAGGGAUCAGGGAUUUCCUUCAACAUGUUCCCAGCUGAACCCGACCCCGGAGAGGGGUCGAAACACCUGGGGAUGUCCGCCCUUAACUAUCGCACAGUGAACAACAUCAUGUGCCGAGGUGUACCUGGCGACAGCUUCAUCGUCAGGAUCGAUCCCAACUCAGGCAAGACGGAAAUCGUCGACAACUCAAUCGGUAUCAGCAACAGGACCAAAGGGGUGGAAUCGUGCAUGCCGCCCUCCCCGCCCGUCACCUGCACCUCCAAACACUUCUGCGCCAUCGGCAGCUUCUGCACCGUCAACAUCAUGAUCGGAUGCGCGGACGAGGUCGGCCCGACCCGGUGGGAGAAGAUACCGGAAGUGGAGGUGACCUUGGCGGAUUUUCAAGGUCAUCUGACGUUGGAGAAGUGUUUCGUGAUGUGUUUGGACACCGGGUUUAUUGAAGAGGGUCUGGAUCGCCAUCAUCAGGGGUUGUCGUACAUGGCUAUAGGGUUCAUAGUGGCCGGGGUCAUUGUCCUGGCGUCGCUGUUGGUCAUCGGGUGUGUGGUGUGGAAGAUCCGGGACGUCAGACGUAUAGAACGUCCCAGACGUCUGAGUCAACACCAUAUCCAUUACGUCAAGUAAUAUUCACAACAUAUUCUUUACGUCAAGUAAUA